AUGGAUUCGGCUCCUUCUUGUUCUAGGCGACGAGCCUUCUUCAUAGCAUUGGUUUGGUUCUUCAACUGUGGAUACGUCCAUGGGGCCACCCCAGCAGUAAAAGUUGGUAACUUUUCAAAGGUGGAAGAUGCUGGAAACUUUCAUAUUUACUAUGGCCAGACCUUCAAAGUCAUUAAGAAUGCUGCUGAUGGCCAGAGCUACCUUCUUCUCCAGCUUUUAGGUUUAGUGGAGAGCUUGAAAGGCAUAACCUCAGACUAUGUUGCUUCUCCGUGUGUGUUGAAAUUAUAUCAAGGAGGACAGAUAGAAAUGUUCAACAAUAGUGAUUACCAAAAGCUUGCAGAGUUUUCUUCGUACUUCCUUAGUGGUGGCGAUGAUCAGCAGUCAGCAUGCAAUUUUGCAACUUUUGAUCCCUUUAUGGAAGAUACCCCUUUGCAGAGAGCAGAAUGGAUCAAAUUCAUGGGAGCUUUUGCAAAUGUUGAAGCUAGAGCUAAUCAAGUCUAUGCCUCAGUGAAGGAGAACUAUUUGUGCUUGGCUAAAAUUGCCCCAACUAGGACAACAUUCAAGCCAACUGUAGCUUGGAUGAAGUAUAAAAAUGGUGUUUGGUCUUUUACUCAGGAAAAGUAUCAAUUGAAGUACGUGCAAGAUGCAGGCGGAGAGAUUUUGGAUGCCAACAAGAAAACUUACAAUGUCUCUGAUCCUGAUGACUUGGAGGAAUUUCAUGCAAUUCUAUGUACCGUGGAAGUAGUUAUUGAUGAAACACUAACCUCUGAUCCAACCAACUACACCUUGUCAACAUUUAUCCAAAAUCUAAAUGUUGAAGACCGUUCUUGUUUUUCCUUUAUAUCAAACACAAGUGUAUGGAGAUAUGACAAAAGGGUGCAAAACUCUGUAGCCCUAGACUGGUAUAAUGGAGCAGUGUCACAACCUCAACUGGCACUAGCAGAUCUUGUUGAGGUUUUAUUUCCCACGGGGAAUUACACGAUGACAUAUUUUAGGAACAUUGCAAAGGGAGAAGUGCCUAUAAAUAUUGGUCCCGAAAUGUGCGACAGGGACACCUCUGUGGCAAUGGAUCCUACCAUAGUAGCAUGUGGAUGA